GCGGCGACCUCCUGUGUCCCGGGCUGGGUGUGGGUUUGAGGAGCUGGGACUCCCGGGCGGAGCGGGGGACCUGGAGGCGCUGCGAGGACCCCGAAGAGCCAGAAACCCGGGGGAAGCAGCUCGCCCCAGCACUCGCUUUCAGAAGCUUUCUUCUUUGAACAUUUUAAGUGAGGUGUUAGAUUCUGACUGAAGUUGAUGUGAGUAACUGAAGCUGAGGAAAAUGAAAUCACAGAGAUGGGGAGACUACUUUAAUAAUUGAUAAAGGGCAACUAUCUGGCUUGACACAUUACAACUAAAAGGGAUUUGGAGAAUUUGAAUAUUACACUUUAAAAUAAAUUACUAGGAUAUGAAAAGUUAAAAAAUAUAGAUGGCCUAAUUUGGAGGUAUUGAACCUAAGUCACUCUACCACAGAUCUGUAUCCUCCAAGCCUUUUGUAUUUUAUUUUGAGGCAGGAUCUUACCAAAUUGCUGGCCUCAAAUUUGGGAUCAUUUUGCCUCUGCCUAACAGGUAGCUGGGAUACAGAAAUGUUGCUGAAGUGCUGCUGAAAGGGCCAGAGAUGCAAGGAUUUGGGACACAUUUUGAACCUUUAAGCUGUCUGACAUUGACCUCCUUUCAUUAUUAAUAUAAGAAGAAGCAGGAGCUUAGAAUGUAUUAAUACCAGUUCAUUAAUGUACUAACUGGACAAUGUUCUGCAAACAAUUCUACACUGUAAAGAACUGGAUUGGCACAAAAUAAGAUAAUUUUAUAUUUUGCUCAGCUUAUAAUAUGACUCAAUGGAGGAAAAUUUGAUAAGCAUGAGGAAAGACCAUUCUUUUCAUGUUCGUUACAGAUGAACUAGAACAGUUAGAUAUGUGUGGUAAAUUUGAAUGGAUGAAGAAUCAUUUAUUGGAACUAAGACUGGUGAUGGAAAACGUCUGUACCCAAUGAGAAAACAUAGAAGGUGAAGAUAAGACAGGCCACUAGGAAGAACAGAAGAAACUUUAUAUGUGGGAUAUAUUUUAAUGGAGAAGUAUUUUCCUGGCUUGUCUUCUGUACCUGGUUAUAUUCUUUGUUUUCAGCCCAACCAACAGAAUGGAAGCUUCUUGCCUAGAGCUGGCCUUGGAAGGGGAACGACUAUGUAAAUCAGGAGACUGCCGUGCUGGUGUGUCAUUUUUUGAAGCAGCAGUUCAAGUUGGAACUGAAGAUCUAAAAACACUUAGUGCUAUUUACAGCCAGCUGGGCAAUGCUUAUUUCUAUUUACAUGAUUAUGCCAAAGCAUUAGAAUACCACCAUCAUGAUUUAACUCUUGCAAGGACUAUUGGAGACCAGUUGGGAGAAGCCAAAGCUAGCGGUAAUCUGGGAAACACCUUAAAAGUUCUUGGGAAUUUUGAUGAAGCUGUAGUUUGUUGUCAGCGACACCUAGAUAUUUCCAGACAGCUUAAUGACAAGGUGGGAGAAGCAAGAGCACUUUACAAUCUUGGAAAUGUGUAUCAUGCCAAAGGGAAAAGUUUUGGCUGCCCUGGUCCCCAGGAUGUUGGAGAAUUUCCAGAAGAAGUGAGAAAUGCUCUGCAGGCAGCAGUGGAUUUUUAUGAGGAAAAUCUAUCAUUAGUAACUGCUUUGGGAGACCGAGCAGCCCAAGGACGAGCCUUUGGAAAUCUUGGCAACACACAUUACCUUCUUGGCAACUUCAGGGAUGCAGUUAUAGCUCAUGAGCAGCGUCUCCUUAUUGCAAAAGAAUUUGGAGAUAAAGCAGCUGAAAGAAGAGCCUAUAGCAACCUUGGAAAUGCAUAUAUAUUCCUUGGUGAAUUUGAAACUGCUUCCGAAUACUACAAAAAGACACUUCUGUUGGCUCGACAGCUUAGAGACAGAGCUGUAGAAGCUCAGUCUUGCUACAGUCUUGGAAACACAUACACUUUACUUCAAGACUAUGAGAAGGCCAUUGAUUAUCACCUGAAACACUUAGCAAUUGCUCAAGAAUUAAAAGAUAGAAUUGGUGAAGGAAGAGCAUGUUGGAGCUUAGGAAAUGCGUACACAGCUCUAGGAAAUCACGAUCAAGCAAUGCAUUUUGCUGAAAAGCACUUGGAAAUUUCAAGAGAGGUUGGGGAUAAAAGUGGUGAACUCACAGCACGACUGAAUCUCUCAGAUCUUCAAAUGGUUCUUGGUCUGAGCUACAGCACAGAUAAUUCCAUAAUGUCUGAAAAUAUUGAAAUUGAUAACAGUUUACAUGGAGCACGCCCCAAGUUGGGACGCCGACACAGUAUGGAAAAUAUGGAACUUAUGAAGUUAACACCAGAAAAGGUACAAAACUGGAACAGUGAAAUUCUUGCUAAACAAAAACCUCUCAUUGCCAAACCUUCUGCAAAGUUACUCUUCGUCAACAGACUAAAGGGGAAAAAAUACAAAACCAGUUCCUCCACUAAAGUUCUCCAAGAUGCCAGUAACUCCACUGACCAUCAAAUUCCAAAUUCUCAGAGGAAAAUCAGUGCAGAAACUAUUGGAGAUGAAGGAUUCUUUGACCUGUUGAGCCGAUUUCAAAGCAAUAGGAUGGAUGAUCAGAGGUGCUGCUUACAAGAAAAGAACUGCCAUACGACUGCCACUGCAACUUCUUCCACUCCCCCAAAAAUGGUGCUGAAGGCACCAUCUGUUUCUGUGCUGUCCCCCAACACGGAUGAAUUCUUAGACCUUCUUGCCAGCUCACAGAGCCGCCGUCUGGAUGACCAAAGGGCCAGCUUCAAUAAUUUGCCAGGGCUUCGUCUGACAAAAAACAGCAGACAGUCGGUACUUGAACACCUAAUGACUAAGGACAACAAAGAGCCUGAAGAGGGCUUCUUUGACAUCCUUGUAAAGUGUCAAGGGUCCAGAUUAGAUGACCAAAGAUGUGCUCCUCCACCUGCUGCCACGAAGGGUCCAACAGUACCAGACGAAGAUUUUUUUAGUCUUAUUUUACAUUCUCAGGCGAAAAGAAUGGAUGAGCAGAGAGUUCUUUUACAAAGAGAUCAAAACAGAGACAAAGAAUUUGGGCUAAAGGACCUUUUGCAAAGUAAUGCUUUGUUGGAAUUAAAAAGUUCAGGAAAAUAAUCAGCAAACCACUAGUUACUAUGGAUAUUUAAAAUACCUUAUUUCCUUUCAGAGCACUUCAGGGAAAUUCAAUCUGUUUUCUCCUAAAAAGAACCACAGCACUGUAAUACAGCUUAGUGACUUCAGAAUGACAAGACUUGACUUUCUGUGGUGCACUCUGCAGGCACUCGUUUCAGGUGGUGGUAUCCUGCCCUGUAAGGGGCCUCUUCAGCUUCCCACCAGUUACUGCCGGGGGCUGGGUUCUUUGGCAACUUGCUAGAGUUCUUUACUAGCAUUUAUAAAGCAGGAAUUUAAAUGAACCCUAGACUAGAAUUUAAUCCUCUUGCUGAGGUAAUUAUUAAAGAUCUUAAUUGACCAUGGCAUUUUUUAUAUCUAAUCAUGGAUUUAGUGGGAAAUAACACUCUUUAGUAAAAAUAUUGUACUUGACUGAGGUAAAAAGUUAGUCUUAUUUUUUUAAAAAUCUAGGGGCUGGGGGUUUAGCUGUGAUGUCGCCGCCUGCCUCAACAA